AUGAGCACUUUUUGCAUCACACCACGAUGUGGUUUGUGCAGGUUUAGGCUUCACGAUGGAGAGCUUAUCAUCAUCGGUGAGCCUGGUUCAAUCUCUAGCCACUGCCUCUCUGACUUGACAAUAGUGAAGGCUGGCCAGAGUUCCGAGGAGAUGGUGUAUGAGCGGAUCAUGGUUGAUUUACAGAAGUCGAGAUAUAUCACUUGUGUUGGAGACUGCUCACACCUGGACGGGAAAACAACAGGCUGUCAUGUUGAAUGUGCCAAUCAGAUAACCCCUUGGCCUGUCACGGAAGCCAUUGAGGUAUUGGCAUUCGAGUACGAGCCUACGGCUCACGAGAAAGACGACCGAAGAAGUUGGCUUCACCACAAGCUGUCUGUCUUGUUAGACAAAGUCUUGGUGCGACUGCCCCGCGAGCUAUGUUCUUUAAUUGCUGGUCUGUGCCUUCGGAGUUACGCAGUGGAAUGCGCCAGAGCCCUUCGCGCUGUGCCCAGUGGAGAGUCCUCGAUCCAACUAUCAUCCAAGAUAUGGGGUCAUUUCACGGAUUUCGAAGGCAGCUCGUACUUGUCGUCGCUAAGCAACAACAACGAUGAUUGCCACACUCAGCUCAUGUACGUACCCAAAUCUAUGUCGACAGUCACGACUAUUUAUCUUGCGGAGGACUAUUUCGGUGUCAGGUUGAUAUCAUUUUGCGGUGGUUCCACUCCGACCGUAGAGAAUUGCCGAGAUCUUUGGUGGCGAGCCAUGGAUCUUGAGAGUUCGCCCACACUUGUGGCUCAGAAUAAGGGCCCAAAACUCCGCUGUUUCGUUCCAAAAGAUGCGACGUUGAAACAACAGCAACUGACAAAUGUGCUGUGGGCUAUUGCCCCACCUAAAAUGCCUCGUAUGGUUCAACUUGAGAGGUCGCCUGAAGCAACCAAAAUGUCUGCAGUGUUGUGCAACAACCCAAGCAUAGUUGCAUAUUCCGUCCACUGGGAUACGCGAAUCAUGUCGAUUCAUACACACACCCUGAAGGAAGAGCUUUCGACGUAUCAAAAUCGAGACAAUGGUAUUUGGCUCUAUUUUCCAUUGUACCGCAAUGAAAAAGUAGUCGAAGUCUGGAUUCGUGGUUCCGAAAGGCUAGAUUUAGCAUUGCUCUUCAGAACAAGCCACGGCCGAACUCUGGUCUUUGGUCCGCAUCUGAGUAUGCAGCCACGGACGCGGCUUGCUCUAAUAGAUGUGCUACCUCAGGACAGUCCAAGCCCAGAGACGGCGUCAAGCCAUUCCAUCAGCCUUCCACAGCCAACGUACAAGAUCCCGAUAUCAACUUUACAAACCCCUUGGUUCUACUCGACAGCUUCUUUGGAUGGCGUGGAGGAUAUACUACCGUGUGUGCGCAGUAUGGGUGGACGGACCAGGAUCAUCGGCCUACUUCUUCACUAUAUCGAUGGCCAUGAAGCAUGCCUGGGUCAGGUCCGUCUUGAUUGCUUAGGAGUACCAAUCAGACUUCUUGGGUGCGCUAGCGUUUGGUGUGGAAUAUCUGCUGAUAGGUAUGGUACGUACGUCGUCUCCUUCGAACUAUCACGGCCUGUCCACGAUCAAAACAUCUAUUUGAUCGAGAUGAAUUUUCGGGACUCAGUGGAUUGGUGGUACUCAUACCACUACUCCAAGAUUUACCCCAGGAAAUGA